AUGGAUGAGAGAGCUGAUAUGGACAAGUCUGAUGAGGUUCUUCUUCCAGGUUUCCGGUUCCAUCCUACAGAUGAAGAGCUCAUAAGCUUUUAUCUCAAGAGAAAGAUUCAGCAAAAACCUGUGUCCAUUGAGCUCAUUAGGCAGCUGGACAUCUACAAGUAUGAUCCAUGGGAUCUCCCAAAGCUUGCGAGCACCGGGGAGAAGGAAUGGUACUUUUACUGCCCAAGGGACCGGAAGUAUCGGAAUAGUGCUAGACCAAAUAGAGUCACAGGAGCUGGAUUCUGGAAAGCAACAGGAACAGAUAGGCCAGUUUACUCUUCUGAAGGGACCAAGUGCAUAGGCCUGAAGAAGUCCCUUGUCUUUUACAAAGGGAGAGCAGCGAGAGGAAUCAAGACUGACUGGAUGAUGCAUGAGUACAGGCUUCCUUCACUCAAUGACCCCUCACGUCAUAAAACACCAAAAGACAUUCCAGCCAACGAUGCAUGGGCUAUUUGCAGGAUAUUUAAAAAGCCUAAUUCUGUGGCACAAAGAGUGCUAUCUCACUCCUGGGGUCCUCAAUCAAUUACAACAACAGAGCCAGAGCUGUUAUCUGCUUUGCAGUCCAUACAAGCUUCCCAUUUUGCAUUGGAAAGCUCCACCUGCUCAGCAAAUCGAUUCAACAGACAACAGUGUCUGCAGGGACAACAGCAGCAGAAUCUUAACAAUUCACAGGAUGGCUUUCCAUGUAAAGUCAUAACUUUCAACCGUAGCCCAUCUCUACCAUCAGAGAAAGACAUCCAUAGUAGUUCAGUCAUCUUUCCAUUAGAAAUACAAUCUCAGCAGAAAUCAUCAGAUGUCACAUCAAUGAUGCUAAGCAUGGCCCCUGGAAUACUCAACAGUAUGAAUGAAGCUAUACCAAACACAGAGUCUGGACUGCUUGGACCAUCCAAUGGAUAUAUGGUUGAUUGGGCUACAGACUCGAGUGGAGGUAUUGGAAAUAGUGAUGGUGACGCAUGUACAAGAAAAUCUGGUAAUGGAUACAGUUCAGGCAAUGAGUGUGGAAUCCCAGGGAAAAUAAAAUUCCCAUUUAAUUUAGGGGUAGGUUCGCCAGAUGAUUGGACAAGCAACAUGCCAUGUCAUUCUCUCCCUUGUUCCCCACAUCCCGCAGAAAUGUCCAAUAGCAACUCUACUGAAAAAUAUAUUAUGCAUAGUUAG